UCACCAGGUCUUCCAAUUAUCUAGAUGAAGUCCCUUCCGAUGAUGUAGUAACAUUCUUAGAGUCCGGAGCAGUAGCCAUAGCUAUUUUACUGUCAAUUUUUUUGUUUUGCUUUGAAAAAAACAAACUGGGUGGAAGACCAGGUAUAGUAAUACCAAUAAACUUUUUGCAAGAUGAUAAUCUAGCCAUUGUGUAUGCAGCGGCGUUCGGAUCUACUUCAGACGAACUUGUGACUUUGAUAUUUAAUACUGAAACAAUUAUAAAUUCAAUGAAAAUUCCAACAUUAGUUGUCCCUUGGGUUAGAGUGUUUAUUUUGCUGAUUAUGGCACUGUUUGUUUCUCUGAAAUUUUAUCCUGUUUUUGCUGUAAUACGAGUUAAAAGAACUAUCAUUGAACCAUUGAUUGGCUUUUUCUACACUGCAUUCAUAUUUUCAAUCUUAAUGUAUCGGCUGGUCAAAUGUUCGUAUAUUAGAAGAAUAGAUGCUUUCUUUAUAGUUUAUAUACCCACAUCAUUAUGUUAUGUGACAUUGAUUGGAUAUUUUCUGUACAAGUCAGUUCGUCAAACGUAUAAGUUUAUUAGACGUCUUAAUCAGGAUACAGAUUAUGAGAGCUCAAAAUUAUGCGCAAGCCAGCUGCAAUAUAAUUAUGUGAAGUGGCUAUUGAAGAAACCAGAAUGUGACAUUAAAGAUAAAGUCACAGGGUUGAAGAGGUCAAUCAAAGCUUACAGUAAAGAUAUAAAGAACAAAAUUGGCCUGUAUGGUCCACUACAUGCAUCACCUAGAGUACUUGGAACCUUUGUAGCAGCAGGAAUUGUGUUAUUUCAGGUUGGCAUGGGACUGCUCACUUUUUAUAUUCACGAUAACCCUGGACUUCAGUUAACGACAUACAUCCAAACUCAGUACCUCAAUACGUCUAAAGAGGCAUCAGUACCUGAAUUGAAAUUAUGGGCUACUGUUGCAGAAGUUGGUUUUUACGUUUCAUUAUCUGUGUCUAGCAUAUUCAUGGUCGGUUAUGUCAUUGCAAUCUUCAUCAGUUAUCGUAAAGAUCUAGAAAAGAUGCAAAGAGGAGACUACACAUUCUUGCCAUUGAAACUCAGAAAAAGCUUAAAUGACAAUCUUGUUACAUCAAGUUUACGAUAUUCUGGUGCACAGAUUGUAUAUUUGAUAUGGUGCUACCUAUUGAUAAUAGGGAUGUUAUGGAUAGCUUGCUUUAUGAUAUCUUACAUUAUAAUUUUGCCUCUUGCUGGAAAAGUUUCAUUUUCAUUUUUUGAGCCAGUUCUUGUUGCUGUACCGUUGAUGAUGAUAAACUUCGGCUUCCAUAAACUGCAACUUUUUUUAACAAGAAAAUUCUUCCUGCAAGAUAUGCCUGUUAUUAUGCCUAGAGGAAUUAAAACUCAGAAAACUCUUGCUUUGGAAAAUUUAAAAAUGUUCAACAUAUUGUCAUUCUUCAUGUUCUUCUUUCACGUCAUCAUUGAAUUUGUCAGUUGUUUGACGAGGAUUACGGCUGGUCUAUGGAUCGGUUUGAUAUCACUAGCCAGAAUAGAUAAAUAUAUGCUUCCAAGGGGUUAUGAGAAGCAGGACACAGGCUAUUCGGCGUAUAUUGGUAUGUUAAUGGUAGAGGUUCAUCACAGAAAUCCAGUAGCGUCAGUAUUUUGUAACGAAUUAUUAGUUAGCAACAGAGAAAAGAGUCGUGCUAACGUUUUUCUAGCACCUGUAAAUGAUCAACAAGGGAAUUUCGAAACAAUCAGUCAAAUAAAUAGACAUAUUUGCCGUAAAUGGGCUAAGCUAGUCACACUUAUCAACAAUCCAUCGGCCAGACGUAAUUUUGUUGAAGAGAAAUGUGAAUGUUCAACCGAACAAGUUGAAAUCGUCAUAUAGUUGGAAGACCUUGUUGAUCUAGAGGAAUAUUAUCUUAAAAUGGCUAUUGUUUAAAGAACUCACAACGAUGUUAAUAAUUUUGUUAGAGGCUAAGAGAGAUGUGGUUAUAAUAUAGUAUGUCUUAUAUCAUCCAGGAAUAUGUAUGUUUUAAUAGAGAGAAAAAAAGAUUGGCAUUAACUAAGGCAAUUUGUUCAGCAGAAAUAUGUAUCAAGACGAUUUAAUAACAUCUAAAUAGUUUAUUACCAUCUUACAUUAUUAUGUUUUAUUAUUGAAUGUGUGUAUAUAUUUAUAGUAGAUCGUUGUAUCGGUUUGGCCGCUAUCUGCGAACUUUCUUUGUAAUUAUUUUAUUUUCAAUACAAGAUGAAACAUGUGAAAUUACAUAAUACAGAAUUGAUACAAAGUUAAAAAGUUAAUUAACACUUGUAAGAUCGAUCAAAUCCUAAACGUAUAAUAAGAUAUACAUAUUACAAUUGAUUUUGUUAAUAAAAUGCUGCUUCUAACAA